CGGUUUCCGACCACUGUGCGGCGGCUGAAGAAGGUUCUCCAUACCUAUAUUCUCCGUGGCCGACGGCUACGAGACUGACGACCACUCCGAACUGUACUUUUUUCUCUCUCAAGACUGAGGUAUACUCUCUACUCUCUCCGAACACCAUGUCCAUGAGCAGGAUCUGCCAGGACCUAAAUGUGGAAGUUACUGAGAGGUUGAAGAUGCUUAUACAGCAAGCAAAUCACCCGGAUUUGUCAUCAUGUGAAAUAGUCUGGGAUGGAUUAGAUGAUGAUAGUGAUGAUGAUGAGGGUGACUUUAUGUCAUACUUUUUAAUUCCGUCAUCUGAACAGGUGUCAGAUUUAAGUGAACUGUGCAAGAGUGUCUUUAACGAGUAUGUGUUUUCUUUUCGGCAGAGGAGUUAUUUUAUCCUCUAUGAACAGGAGUGUUUUGCAGUGGGUGUUAAAGAUGGACAAUAUGUCAGUAGAAGGCAGUACAGACUACUAGUUAAAGAGUUGCGAUAGAGAAAGUUGUUUGAUCAGAUUU